UCGACUUUAUCAGUGCGUUCACUUGCCUUGUCGCUGCUACUUGUAUUUUUAUUAUUCAGCGCUGCCCGCUGUUCGCUCGCUGCUUUAUACAGCUCAGCCACUGCACUCUAGUGAUUUGUCCGCUUUGCGAGUUUACGAACGCGAAAGCUAUCGGGCUGGUUCUGCUGGCUUUUCAGAAAUUCAUGAUUUUCAUUUCAGUUCAUCGAUCUCAACGUAAGCGAUCGGACGCGCAGAACUUGUUGUGAGCGUUAAAGAUAACAACGCGUUAAACACAGAAAAUAUGAUAUAAAAUAAUUUAACUAGCGGACUCAAAUUGUCUCAAAUUAGAUUUGCAAAAAGUAAUUGUGUGGUGUGCAUAGAGACACUCGGUUUCGAUAAUUCGCGCUCGUUCGCCGGAGCUCUACACUAAAUACAUAUAUAUAGACAUUGUAGAUUCUGUUGACAUCUAUUUAAGAACUUUAUCUUAUCAUUAACGUAUCAUCGUCGUGUAAUGCGUAUCCAGCGACUAACAGCAGCCUAUCGUCGGUGGUCCGCCAGACUUGCCCUCGUUCUCAUUCGUUGUGCUACGCUAGAUAUCUAGCAGCGGUUGUUUUAUCGUUUUAAGAGAAAAUUGAGAGUUUAAAUAAGAAAAUUUCGCAAAAAGCCGUCGCAAAACUGUCACCGCCGACAGUCAAAAUUGUGCUUAAAAAGCUGAAAAAUCGUUGCGCGAAAAGUUCUUUCAUAAAUUGGAAACGUCGCAAAAGGAGGCGAGAACGACCAACAAAAACAGCAGCGGCAGUAGGUUUGUGACUCAAGUAAAUGCCGCAAAUCAGAGUUUUUCACAAAGACAGAGAUAAAGACAGUCGGCCUAAAUGUGGCACAAAAACAACUACAGCAACAAAUAAAAAUAGUGACAAAUAUAUAAUAUAUAUAUGUAAAUAAAAUAACAACUACAAGAAGUGCCUCUGUUCGUGAAAAUACAAACGAUAAGUUGUAAUAACAACAACAAUAAUAAUAAACCCGAAAAAAGUGCGCUUAAGUUGAAGUUAAACCAGUUCAGCAGUGCGCGCUCAGCAGGCAACAAGCCGCAGCAGCAAAAGUCAAAAUAAUAAUAACAAAAACAUAAAAUAUAAAGAAAUAAAUAUAAAAACAACAUUUAGCAGGCAGACAGUUGUAUCGAGUUCUUCUCGAUUUUCUCAGCUCAGCUCAGCUCAGUUGUUAUCAUUGCAUCCGCCGCUGCAAUAACAAACCGUAGCUGACAAACGUACAACAUCGCCAAAUACGGCACAAAGGCAAAAGACAAAAGGCAAACGGCAAAACAAUGCGUUUCACUUACAAUCAGUAUAAUUAUUCCGAAUCCGGUUAUCGGAUUCCAUCCAAGAUGCACAACGGUAAUGCUGGUAACGGCUCAAUGGCGGCCGCAUUUCAGCAUCAUCACAGAAGUAAUUUUGGUAUGCGUAUGACCAUGUCGACGGCAUCAACGAUGACAGCACGCAUUCAACGUAAAGGUUUGCGUACGCCCUCGAAACGAUAUCCGGGCAAGGCAAUACCUGGUAAACUGCAUUCUGUUUCGCGGAUUGGUCCUGGUAAAUUGGUGCCUGGAAAGCGUUUCCCACAGCGACCACAUCCACCACCCUGCGAUAAUUCCAAUGACAGCGGCUUCGGUUUCGAUCAGCAUGUCGAAGUACAGCAACAACAACAACUACAAGCACAUCGUCAUCAGCAUUUGGCCAGUGGCAGUAGUGCCGGCAGCAGCAGCAGCAGUAGUAGUAGUAGUAGUAGCAACAGCAGCGGCAGCGGUAGCCCGGGCAAUAGUAGCGAUAUGAUGCAGAGCAACAACAACACUGCCACCAAUCUUAGCAUCGGUAAUAGCAACAACAGUAGCAAUGGUGGUCACCAUCACGCUAAUCACCAUCAUCAUCACCAUGGACAUGGUCAUCACCACGGCUCGACGGCAAUGCCACAUUCAGCGCAUAUGAUACGUGCCAUACCGGCCUCAAGUUCAACACCCAGCAAGAAAUUGCCAUUUGUCAACUCGACCGACGAUGAGGACUAUUUCGAAGAUUUUUGUACUGAUGACUCCAAUGAUUACUAUCGCAAGCGCUUGAAUUCGGAUUCUAAUAGCCAACCGCUCGGUGGCAAUAAUCAAAAUCAGCCCACACAACAGCAGCAGCAGCAGCAACAACAACAACCACAAUAUGCGGAAGAUAAUCAAACGAGCACGAAGAGAAGAAAGCUCGAAAGCUUUGUGGAGCUGGACAAUGACGACGCGUGUAGCGAAGAUGCUUUCAUACGAAAAAUCGCCAGUGCCAGCAAUUUGGAAGCGGCAACCGUUGAAGCACCGCCACCAGCACAGUUGAUGCUGUUGCCCACCGUGGCGCCCACAAAAUUUAUACCAACAGGUCCACGCGCCAUGACCAGAGUAGCGCACAAACGUCAGCCGGCCGUGCCGCAAAACACUGUGGUGACUUCAUCGAACGGACGCGUGCAAUUGGAAAUUAUCUCACAACCAGAGCAACAGCAUCGUGCGCGUUAUCAGACUGAAGGCAGCCGUGGCGCUGUCAAAGAUCGCAGCGGCAAUGGUUUUCCCAUCGUGCGUCUCACCGGCUACAACAAGCCCGCUGUGCUGCAAGUAUUCAUUGGCACCGAUAUCGGACGUGUGGCCCCACAUAUGUUCUAUCAGGCCUGCAAAGUGGCUGGUAAAAACUCAACACAGUGUAAUGAGAAGAAAGUAGACGGCACCAUGGUUAUUGAGAUUGAAUUCAAACCAGAAUCUGAUAUGACAGUUACAUGCGAUUGUGUCGGCAUACUCAAGGAGCGCAACGUUGAUGUGGAGCACCGUUUCCCGGAUCAUUUGGCGCAGAAGAAUAAGAAGAAAUCAACACGCUGCCGCAUGGUGUUCCGCACACAACUAACACAUGACGAUGGCUCUAUGGAGAUGCUACAAGUCUGCUCAAAUCCAAUUAUUUGCACACAACCACCAGGCGUGCCAGAAAUAUGCAAAAAAUCACUGAACUCAUGCCCAGUAGAUGGUGGACUCGAACUCUUCAUUAUCGGAAAGAAUUUCCUCAAAGACACACAUGUGCUCUUUCAAGAGACGUACGAGAGUGUGCCGCCCAGCGAUGUUGCAACCGAAUUAGCUGUGCGUCAGCAUCUCGGCGGCGCAUUGUGGGAGCAAACAGUGCUACCCGAUAAGGAAUAUCUACAGCAGACGCAUUUAGUGUGCGUUGUGCCACCCUAUCUGCAUCAGAAUAUACUCAAACCAGUCACUGUGCAGUUGGUAAUUAUAUCCAGUGGCAAAAAGAGCGAGCCACACAGCUUCGUUUACACGCCAAAAGGUAGUUAUACGACCUUGGCGGCUGCCACGACAUUAAGUACAGCGGCAUUGCACGGUAGCUUAACGGCGGCACAAGAUGCCAAUACAUUUAUGGACACAACGAACGCUUUGGCGCCCGCAGGCGCUGGUUGGCCCGCCGGCACAGAGACCAAACAGGAAAUCGAUUCCGGCAUGAUGCCGCCACCGAUUACCACACAAAUGCCGAUGGGCGUGCGACGCCCUUCAUUGCCCACAGCCACACCGAUGUUGACGGAUCAGCAGUUGGUGCGCAUGAAUGUCGCCGACACACUCAAGACUGAGUUGAUCGAUGAGUCAUCGCAAAGUUCACUGGCUGAGGCCAUACAAACGCCCGAUAUCGUGAUGACCAAUUGUGGCGCACCCAUCAGUCCGACGACCAUGCAGUUUCAUGCGCAUUACGAUCACAAGGGCAACAUGGACGCCAUGAUGUUCGAUUCGAAUAGCAUGUCCGCCUUCCCGGUUGCGGCCGUAGCGCCGCCCUCUGUAGCUGCUGCCGUUGAGUUGGCUGUCAAGACCGAAAUUGCUAAAGUUGUGGCACAACAACAACAGGCAGUCGCUGUGGAUAAAUUCAUCUCGGAUUUGACCAAAUCCACUGCGGUGGCCGAUGAUCCCACUGUGGCAGCUGUUGUCGAGGAGACACUCUUCAGCGGCGUUGGUGGUGUUAAUAGCGUCGUUAAUGCCGUUAUUGAUCAUCCCUUCGGUGACAUUAUGCAGCAACAACAACAACAGCCUGCCGUACUCGAACGCAGUCUAUCCAUAUCGAGUAAUUCCUCCUCGAAUUCAAAUAGUUCGAGCGGUUCAUCACCACACGCCGGGCUCACAGCCACACUCUCUGUAUCGCCGAAUAACUCGCUGAAUGGCCACAACUCGCCCAUUACACAGGAUAUUAUAUUGAAUUCAGAGCCAGCGGCGGUGCUGAACGCUAUGCCAAUGCAACAACUCUUGCCUACAGCUUUGGGUGGCAGCAACGCGGCUGCCGUUUCGCCGAAUGCGGUGGUCGAGGCUGCCGUCGCCGUGCAAGCCGCGCCGAAUGCCGGCUCUGUGACGGAUGCCACCGGCGGCAUCUCGACGGAGAUGAUCAUGAAUCCCGCUGUCUCGCCGUCCACAAUACUGUGUUCAGCUAACGGUGCUGCCACGGCGGUGGUACCGAACAUCAUGGCGCCACACCAAGUCACCAUGGCCAAUUCGAUUUUGAACGACAUCGCCAUGCAACCACAACCGACCCAGCAACAUGCCACCGUUGCGGCGCUGGCGCUCAGCAAUAUCAUAAUGAGUCCGACCAGUGCACCGGGUGCGGUGGUGGAUGAUGUUGCCAAUGUCGAACAGACUGUGGAGCAACCCGCCGAUGUGACGGUGGCCACUUCAACUGCCGUUAGUAAUUUGAUUAUUAAAGCUGCCGCAGAUCUGAUAUCGAAUCAGGAGCAAUUGCAGCAGCAGCAACAACAGCAACAAAUACAGCAUCAACAUCAGCAAAUACAACAACAGCAGCAGCAUCAACAACAAUUGCAACAGCAACACCAUCAUCAUCAUCAUCAUCGCCACCAACAAGCGCAACAGCAGCAGCAACAACAACAACAUCAACCGACACAAGCAUUAUUAAAUGGCACCGCCGCCGUUGCCACCACUGCCAACACAAGUCCUCUGGUGAACUUGCUUUUAAAUCAUCCGGACGCACCACCAUCGGCCGCUGUGGCAGCCGCUGCUGUCACUGAAGUGCAGCAAUUCUCAUUGGCCAUUCCCCCCACAGCGCCUCAGGAAUCUCUUAUUGUCGCUUUGGCCACCGAAAACUCAAUGCAAAAAUCAGUAGCCGCCGCUGCAGUGACCACAAACGGCGCUGUUGUUACGCAACAAACUACAGCUGCCGCUGCCGGGAUACUCCCGGGCGCCGCUGUUGGGCCUGUGCCACUGCCGCAAGAGCUGACCACCAUGUCGGAUCAAGAUUUGCUUAGCUACAUCAAUCCAAGCACUUUUGAUCAAAUCUAAAAAAUGGCGAUGGUUUCGACUGGUGAUUUAACGAGCGGUGUACAUUUUCUUGUAUACUGCUGAUAGCAUUCAGAGGCAUUGUUUGAAGGCAGAGAAUGAUUCAUGGCUAUAGAGUUGCUAAUAUAAGCCAAGCUAAAAAUUGCGCAGUGGCAUUGAAAAUUUGCUAAUUUGGACACACAUAAUGUGUGUGUAAUGCGAGUAGGUGGAACUAUGGAGGCAGUUAUGGCAGCUGCAAAACCAACAACAACAACAUUUAAUUAUAAAUUACAACAUAAGAAAAACUAUACAGCUAAUUUCUAAUACAUGCAUACAUGCAAACAAAUAACUGUUGUGUUAAUGUUAACUGGCAGUCAAACAGUGAAAAGCUUAAUUGUUCAACUUCUCGUCGUGUUUAAAUGUUGAAUGUCAAAUAAGCUGAAAAUUAAAAAAAAAUUGUCCUUAAUUUCUUUUCAAGAUUUAUGCAUAAAAAAAAAUUAUCAGAAAGAAAAAGUAGAAUU